GUUCAGAACAGUUCAAGCUGACCUCCAUGUCCCGCCCUCCCUCUCGAAGAGUGGUAGAUUCUACCAAGCUGACGAACAGCAAGAGCCAAUCGGAAUCCAUAACUGACUGCAUGAACUGUUUAAGCCCCGCCUCUUCAGAUGAACACAUAAAGGCAGAAUCUGUGAUGGACAGCUCAGAUUACACAGGGGUGGAGCCAAAGUCCAGUUUGAACAAAUGUGGAGACGUAGAGGAGGGGACAGAGAGGAAGACUGAAUGUCUGAUGAGUGGAGAGCAACAGGACAUACUAACCAACAUGAAGCGGGAGGAAGAUUGGGAAAGGCAGAGUGUGAAAAUGGAGAGGGAGGAUGACAUGAGAGUUGAAGAGGGACUCUGGAAGGAGGAAGAAAAAGAGAAGGAUGAACAGAUGGAGAGAAAAACAACUGAAGUUGCCCAAACUGACAAAUUGGUGAAGGAUGGAGUAAAAUCGGAGCAUGGACCACAGGAAGGGCAGGAGUGGUCUACUCUGGUCACUUCUUGUCAGGUAAAACAGCCUAGAGUGCUGAUUCGCAGGCUAGAAAUUGCCGAUAGUUCAGUCCCUGUGUCAUCCCCUCUUCGUCCCAUAGCCUGUAAAAGAGAUCAGGAAGCGGGAUUUCCAUGUAGACGGCAUGAGCUCUCACCACUGAGAGGAAACGUGUCACUGAGAGAGAAGAAGGGUCAGGUCAUGACCCGGAAGAGGAAGACAGUUGGCCGGUUGGAGAAACCCCUGAAAGUGCUGCUGUCUUCAUCAGAGAACGAGAUCUGUGCUGAAGUCUCCCUUAUUUCUCCUGUCAUGUCUCCCAGGAAUCAAAACACAGGAGGAGCUGUUGAAGUGUCGUCUCAGGACUUUUCCUGCUCCCAGUGCCCAUUCGUUCACACAGAGGAAAUGAAUCUUCAGCAGCACAUUGAGAAGGUUCACCCAGAGGAGCUCAACAGGACUCUGGGGUCCCAGCAACCUCACAGCAGCACACUAAAGCACCCCACAUCCCCAAAAAUGUUCCCUACCCUGACACAGUCCCAAACCGUCACACCAGGGACCCACACAUACCACCAUUUUGGGAAGAGCUUCAAAUCCAAAUCGCUUCUGAGGACACACAAGAAAAUACAUAAAAGAGAGUGUCCGUAUCACUGCUCCCAGUGUGGGAAAAGUUUCCACCGUUUACAUCAUCUGAAGGUACACAAGCGAACUCACACAGGCGAGCGCCCGUAUCACUGCUCCCAGUGUGGGAAGAAUUUCUGCAAUUUAUAUGGUCUGAAGGUACACAAGCGAACUCACACAGGUGAGCGGCCGUACCACUGCUCCCAGUGUGGUAAGAGUUUCAGUCAGUCGAGUAAUUUGAAGCAACACCUGCGAACCCAUACAGGUGAGCGUCCUUACCACUGCUCCCAGUGUGGGAAGAGUUAUACUCAGUCUAAUAAUUUAAAGCAACACCAGCAAACUCAUACAGGGGAGCAUCUAUACCACUGCGCCCAGUGUGGGAUGAGUUUCACUCUGUUCAGCGCUUUGAAGGAACACAAGAGAACUCAUGCUGGAGAACGACCAUACAAGUGUUCCCAGUGUGAGAGAAGUUUCACUCAUUUGAGUACUUUGAAGCAACACAAGAGAACCCAUACAGGAGAACGCCCGUACAACUGCUCUCUGUGUGGGAGGAGUUUCUCUCUGUUGAGUACUUUGAAAGAACACCAUAGAACCCAUACAGGGGAAUGUCCAUACAAGUGUUCCCAGUGUGGGAAGAGUUUCAGGCAUUUGAGUACUUUGAAGCAACACCAGAGAACUCAUACAGGGGAACGCCCAUUCAACUGCUCCCAGUGUGGGAAGAGUUUCACUCAUUUGAGUACUUUGAAGCAACAUCAGAGAACUCAUACAGGGGAACUCCCAUACCACUGCUCCCAAUGUGGGAGGAGUUUCAUUCAUUCAGGUACUUUGACGAAACACCAGCGAACUCAUACAGGGGAACGCCCAUACAACUGCUCCCACUGUGGGAGAAGUUUCACUCAGUUGAAUACUUUGAAGAACCAUCAGAGAACUCAUACAGGGGAACGCCCGUACCACUGCUCCCAGUGUGGGAAGAGUUUCAGCAGGUCAGAUAAAUUAAAGCUACACCAGCGAACCCAUACUGGGGAACGCCCAUACCUCUGCUCCCUGUGUGGGAAGAGUUUCAGUCAAUCUCAUAAAUUGAAGCUACACCAGCAGACUCAUUCAGGGGACCGCCCGUACCAGUGCUCCCAGUGUGGGAGAAAGUUUACUCAGUCGUGCCAACUGACAGCACAUCAGCGAACUCAUACAGGGUAACGUCUGGAACAGUUGCAGAUUUUCCAGAAAGAGGACACGUGUGCAUAUUGUCCCCGCACACCGAGGACGAUGCAAAGAUGAACCCAAGGAUUACGGUUUCAUAACUGCACAGUUUAGUGGAAUCUAGGGGUUAUCAUGUAUCAGAACGAACUGUUAGACACCGCGUCUGUGUCAACAAGCUCUUUGGAAGGGUUGCCAAGCAAUGUUUUUUGGCUAUGUACCCCAUUGGAAUGUUUGGCUGCAAAAGACGACUGCAUACAAGGGCUUGAUACCCACAGUGAAGUAUGGCAGUGGAUCAUUGAUGCUUUGAGGCUGUUUUGCUGCCUGUGGUCCAGGGGCUCUUGUUAAGAUCAAUGGCAUAAUGAAUUCCAAUUAGUGUCAGGAUAUUUUAACCUAAAACCUGGUCGCCUCUAUCAAGAGGUGGAGACAUGGCAGUAGAUGGACUUUUCAUCAAGGCAAUGACCCUGAACAUUCAAAUAUCAAAAUAAACACAGAAAUGGUUGUGGGAUCACAAAAUCAGUGUUUUGCAAUUACCAUCUCAGUCUUUGCAUUUUCACACUAUUGAAAACUUGUGGUGUGAAUUUAAGAGUCCACAAGUGCAAACCUAGGAAUAUCAAGGAUCUUGAAAUUAUUUGCAGGAAGGAGUGGUCCAAGAUCCCUCCAAAAGUGUUCUCCAAACCUUGUCAAACAUUACAGAAUGUGUGGUUAUAAUUCUGAAACCUAUCCUUUACAGACAAACGUGUACGAUUCAAUUAAUUGAGUAAUUGUCAUCUGUACUGGUGAAUGUUAAUGAAAAAAAAAACCACAUUGCCAAUUUUGAGGCAGGGUACAUCAUUCUGCAAAUAAAGCGUUUCUGGCAAA